CGCGCCAAACCCCGGUACCGUAACAGCGCGAAUAGACAAGCAUCAAAAUAAAAGGCUGUUACUCGACCUUGUUUUCGCAAAGACGGCUCAGUUUCUCGCAGUCCUCUUACACGCCAUUGGCUGCAGCAUGGGGACGAGUCUUCCAGACACUUUUUUACCGGGACGUGAACACAACAUGAUGGAUUCAUGACACAGUUGACAGAAAGCUGUGCUGCUCACUGAACCGAAGACUUUGUUUUGUUUUGUUUUUCAGCUGUGAAGUCAGGAUGUCGUUAUUCUUGCUUUUCAUUCUAAUAAGUCUUGAAAGCAGCUCGUCAGUGGCAUUUGGACACAGGGACGUUUAUACAAACCACUGGGCAGUGCGGAUCACAGGUGGUCAGGAACAAGCUGAUAAAAUCUCAGCCAAAUAUGGAUAUAUGAAUUUGGGACAGAUAGGAAGUCUGGAGGACCAUUAUCAUUUCCACCACAGCAGAAUAGUCCGCAGAGCUGCGUAUGCAUUAAAGGGCCCGCACAGCUUCAUCCAUAUGGAUCCUGAGGUGGACUGGGCCCAGCAGCAGGUAGUAAAACCAAGAGUAAAGAGGCAUGCCCAGAUUGACCCAAGCUUCAUUCAUUUUAAUGACCCUAAAUGGUUCAACAUGUGGUACAUUCACUGCAAUGAUAAGAGCAGCCACUGUCGCUCAGAGAUGAACAUUCAGGCAGCCUGGCAGAGGGGCUACACUGGCAAGAAUGUGGUGGUCACCAUUUUGGACGACGGCAUUGAGAGGAACCACCCUGACCUGGCUCAGAACUAUGACCAUCUUGCAAGUUAUGAUGUCAAUGGGAAUGAUCAUGACCCUACACCACGUUAUGACUCUCGCAACGAAAACAUACAUGGAACUCGGUGUGCAGGUGAAGUUGCAGCAGUGGCCAAUAACUCCCAUUGCAUGGUUGGGAUUGCCUACAAUGCUCACAUUGGAGGAAUUCGAAUGCUGGAUGGAGAUGUGACUGAUAUAGUAGAGGCUAAAUCUCUGGGAAUCAGACCUGACUACAUCGACAUCUACAGUGCCAGCUGGGGGCCAAAAGACGAUGGAAAGACAGUAGAUGGCCCAGGGCCAUUAACUAAACAGGCUUUUGAGCGAGGCAUAAAGAAGGGCCGCAAAGGCCUGGGAUCCAUUUUUGUCUGGGCAUCCGGUAAUGGUGGUCGGCAGGGUGAUCACUGUUCAUGUGACGGUUACACUAGUAGUAUCUACACCAUCUCCAUCUCCAGCACCACAGAGAAUGGAAACAGGCCCUGGUACCUUGAGGCCUGCAGUUCCAUCUUGGCCACAACCUACAGCAGUGGAGACUUUAACGAGAGGAAGAUUGUAACCACUGACAUCCGGCAGCGCUGCACUGAUGGCCAUACUGGUACUUCUGUCUCUGCUCCCAUUGUGGCUGGAAUCAUAGCUCUCGCCCUGGAGGCCAACUUUUUGCUGACAUGGAGAGAUGUGCAACAUCUUCUAGUUAGGACAUCCAGACCUGUCCACCUGAAGGCUGAUGACUGGAGAACCAAUGCUGCUGGACAUAGAGUCAGCCACCUGUAUGGUUUUGGGCUGGUGGAUGCAGAGGCAAUGGUGCUAGAGGCUGAGAAAUGGAGGACUGUUCCUUCUCAGCACACCUGCAGUCAGAUGCCUGAGCGACGCAUCAGGUAUAUCCAUGCAGGCCAAAGUGUGAACAGUAGCAUCACCACAUCUGGGUGUUCAGAAGAACCUGAGCAGCAUGUGGAUCACCUGGAGCAUGUGGUGGUCAAGGUCUUGGUUGUCCAUCCACGACGAGGAGACCUGGAGAUCAACCUGAUCUCUCCAUCUGGGAUGAAAUCACAGCUACUGGCCAAGAGGUUAUUUGACAGUUCCAACGAGGGCUUCAGGAACUGGGAGUUCAUGACAGUUCAUUUCUGGGGUGAGAAGGCAGAAGGCACAUGGACUCUGGAGAUUAUUGACUCACCGUCAAAACUACGCAACCCUGAGGUGCUGGGCAACCUAAAAGAAUGGACACUGAUCCUUCAUGGCACAUCUCAGAACCCUUACCAGCCCUACAGUGGUCAGCACUCCAGUUCAAGGAUGUUGGAGAUUCCAGCCUCACAGGAGUUCCAGGAGGAGCAACAACUGGAGGCGGAGGAGGAACAAGAUGAGUACAAUGGAUCAUGCCACAGUGAGUGUGGAGACCAGGGCUGUGAUGGACCAGAUGCCGAACACUGCCUCAACUGUGUCCACUUCAGCUUGGGCAGCUUGAAAAGUGACAGAUCCUGUGUAAGCCACUGUCCACUGGGACACUAUGAGGAUAUGGUGUCUCGACGCUGUAGACGCUGUUAUAAAGGCUGUGAGAGAUGUGUUGGCCAAUCAGCUGGUGAUUGUGUUUCCUGUCGAAGAGGCCUUUACCUCAACAGACUCAACUCCAGCUGCACUGAUACUUGCCCCCCAGGUUAUUUUGCUGAUGAGAAUCAGAGACAGUGUCUGAAGUGUCAUGACACAUGUAUGAGAUGCCUGAGGUAUGCAGACAGAUGCACUGCCUGCAGAGAACGCUACAGUCUGGCGGGGAUGACUUGUGUUCCUCAAUGCACCGAUGGAACCUUUUUCCAUCUGGAAGAGAUGACAUGCAGCCCAUGCCAUUCCUCUUGUAGGACUUGUACAGGACCAGGUAAGGAGGAGUGUAUUCAGUGUGCUGAGGACUACCUGCAGCAGGAGUGGGGAUGUGUACAGACCUGUACUCCUGGCUUCUACUCUGGAGAGUCAGCAGGAGUUCCUCAUAAAAUGUGCCACAGGUGUGAGGAAAACUGUCUGAGCUGCAGUGGCCCCGGAACAACUUGCACCAAGUGCAAAGAGGGUUAUAGUCUGGUCAGCAGGACUUGUAUUGUAAAUGCAUCCUGUAAUAAUGCUGAUGAGGUGUUCUGCGAGAUGGUCAAGUCCAACCGUCUGUGUGAGAAGAAGCUUUACCGUCAGUUCUGCUGUCGUACCUGUCUGAUGAACGGAUAAGGAGCCAAUCACAUCUCAUUUACUCUCAAUCAGUAUUACGGGAUUAAUAGAUUAAAGAGUUAUUAUUUGGUCAAGGUUUUUUUUUUAAUUUGUGCCAUUUUUGUUUAUAUUUUUACAAAUGGUGAUUUUCUGAAUGAAGCUCUUCAGUCUUCUUUUUUAGUGAUUUUCCUAGAUCUUUUGAAAAUAACCAUAUUUCUAAACUGUGUCUGUGGAAUGUAACAGGUGAUAGUAUCAGUUUGAAUAGUAAUAAUGUAUUGUAUUGAACAUGUACAAACCUGCACUAUGAUGAAAGUGCCUUUUAUAACAAUACAAUACUUUCUGACACUGUUUUUAGAACAAAUGACAAACAUUCAGAAAGAAUAGAGUGGCAAGUCUGCAGUGUUUGUGGAAGUUGUUAAUAUCUGUCUCUCUCUUUGCGUGGAGUCUGAACUUUAUUUGUAGAUGCCUGACAGAAGACUGAAGACUGACAGUUUUUUGAAGUGUUCCUGAGCACAUGUAGUAAUAUCCUUCAUACAGUCAUGUGUGUUUUUAAUGCAGCGCUGCCUGAGGGGUCAAAGGUCACCAACAUUCAGAGUUGGUUUUGGGCCUGGUCCCUUACAUGCAGAGAUUUCUCUGAAUCUUUGAAUGAUAUUCUGGAAAAAAAUAACGACUGAGCCUUUACAGGACGCCCCUUUUAUACCCAGUCAUGAUAUUAUCACCUGUUACAAUCAACCUGUGGAAGCGUCAAACUGGUGUUCCACAACUUCAGUCUUUACUGAUCAAUAACAACAAAAAGAAUAAAGUUUAUCAGUUUAAACAUUAAA